GCGCACUAUAAAGCGGGACGCGAGGUCGCCCGCGCACGCUUUGAAGAGAGUGAGGGUCGGGUGGUUCCUCCAGAGUCAAACGGCGCCGCUGUCCCUGCCCUUGCUCCUGCCCAGCAGCACCCCUCCUGGCUUCCUGCUGCUCCUUGGCAGGGGACAGCCAUCGUCAUGGCCGAGCGAGCGCUGGCCCCCACCCAGAUGGGGCGGGGGGACCGUUACUACACGUACACCGAGCUCCUGGCCAUCUCGCGGCGCUUCAAGCAGAACCCCAACGAGCUCAUGAUCACCUGGAUCCUGCGAGUGUAUGACCAGGGGGGCCCGGCCCUGUCCCUGAACUCUGGAGAGCUGGCGCUCCUGGGCGACCUGACCGGCGAUGCCAUCUUCAACUACCACUGCAAGACGCUGCGGGGUGGCUGCCAGACGCUGCUCACCUGGCUGCUGCUGGCCUGGCGCCAGCGCUGGGAGUCCUUCCUGCACUUUGAGGCCACCGAGCUCCCCUUCCGCCCCUGGACCACCAUGGAGGAGGGCAUCCAGCUGGUGCGCGAGCUGGGCAUGCUCGACUGGAUCUACCGCGAGCCGCCCUCACCCCCCGCGCCCGAGCAGGGGCCCUGGCCGGCGCCCGAGGACGUGCCCUUCACGCAGGGCCUCCAGCGGCGCCUGCUGACGGCCGCGCCCUCCGAGCUGCGGCUCUCGCUGGUCAGCCUGCUGGUCAAGGGCAUGACGGUGCUGGAGGCGGUGAUGGAGAUCCAGACCAUCGCCGACGUGGGCCUGCUGUGGCGCCAGAGCCAGCCGGGCCGCGCCAAGCUCAUGUUGGGGCCCAACCCGACGCGCAAGGACCUCACGGGCUGGCUGCUGAGCCAUGGCGUCCCCAAGGAGAGGGUGGACAAGCAGCCCACCAAGGUCCUCCUGGAGCUCUACAUCAAGGAGGCCAAGCGCAGCCGCGGCCACCCUGCCUGCGUGCUGGGGGACGAGCAGCCCCCGCCUCCCCCCUACUCAGACCAGGCCUGUGGGGAGGAGCCGCCCGCACCCGUGCGCCACGACUAGGCCCCCCCGGGCACGGUCUCCCCGCUGCUACUCUGCGGGGUGGGGUGGUGCUGGGCUCCAGGAGAGACAGAGUCCAUGCCUCCUGAGCACCCCCAGGGGGGACUGAGGGCUGGUCCCUUUGCCCUUCUCCGGACUCCCGGGCCUCUCUGAGUGCUUGAGGUGCCCUCGCCCCCCGGCACCCUCUCGGUGUCACCAGCCAGAGCGGUGGAGGGAAGCGAGCCGGCCAGUAGCCCUUGGGUGCCUGUGCCCCCAUCCCCAGGGGCACAUCCCGUUACAUUUCAGCCUGUUACACUUCAGGCCCAUUGGCAUGGUGGGUGGGCACCCCCACCCUGCCCCACCGGCCCCCAAAGCACUACAGGCCAAGUGGGAUCUCCGCACAGCCCACGACUCGAAAGCACCUUGAAGUUUGUACCCUUUUUCUUAAGCUAUUUUUAAAUGCAAUGUUUUUACCUAAUAAUUUAAGCAUGUACAACA